AUGGCGUCUACAAGCAACCAAGAACUCGUGUUCACAUAUUCCCAACAAGGUAUCCCCAUCUUUGUUGGUCAAGAUUUUGAAUUAUGGAACGUGCUUAUGAGGACCGUAUUCGUGUCUCACGAAUUAUGGGAUGUUAUUGAUGAGGGGUAUAUUGCUCAUACUCAGGAGGAGGUUGCGGCAUUUACAAAUGCACAGAAAAAAGAGCAUAAAGAAAACAAGACGAAGGAUGCAAAAGCCUUGUCCUUUAUGCAUCAAGGGGUGAGCCGAUCAAUUCUUCCGCGCAUUACGAGUGCUAAGACCGCAAACGAGGCCUGGCAAAUUCUAAAAAAUCAGUUCGGAGGCCAUGAGAAGGUAAUCACAAUUAAAUUGCAAAAUCUAUGGCGAGAUUUCGAUAAUUUGGGCAUGAAGGAUUCCGAAAAUGUGCAAGAUUUUCUCUCCAGAGUUUUAACAGUUAUAAAUCAAAUUCGAGGAUAUGGAGAUACUCUAGAAGAGAAAAAGAUUAUAGAGAAAGUCCUACGAUGUUUACCAGUGAAAUUUGAGCAUAUAGUUGCAGCGAUCGAAGAAUCCAAAGAUUUAUCAAAAUUGUCUUUGGAUGAACUCAUGGGUUCUCUUGAAGCCCAUGAAAAGAGGAUGAACAGAUUCUCUACUCAAACCUUGGAACAAGCUUUUCAAGGAAAAAUGAAUGUUUCUCAAAAAGCGAAAGACAGCCCGCAAGAGAAGAAGAAUAUAUCGGCACAAAGAGCAUCGCAAGGAAGAGGUCGUGGCAGAUUUCAAAAUUCUAAUACUCGUGGUCAAGGUAGAGGAGGAAGAGGUAACUCUAGCUCGCGAUUCAAGAAUCAAGAUUCAGAUUCUUAUUGUCGCAUAUGCCGAAGAAAUGGUCAUGACACUCAAAGUUGUUGGAAUAGAUGCAAAAGGUGCAGAAAUACAAAUCACUCAAAAAAAGACGGUUGGUUUCAAGAUGAGGAUGAGACAAAGGAGGCAAACUUCUUUGAAAAAAAUGAAGCCGAUCAGGUAUUUUAUUCAUGCUUAAAUUCUCAACAGCAACUUGAGAAUAUUUGGUAUGUGGACAGCGGCUGCAGCAACCAUAUGUCUGGAAAUAAGAAGAUGUUCGUGGAUAUCGAUGAAUCAUUUUCAUCAGAGGUAAAGAUUGGAGAUGGCAAAGCACUUAAAAUUACUGGAAAAUGUGCGGUUUCUAUUCAGACAAAAGAAGGGAAAGACAAUAUCAUCAAAGAUGUCCUUUAUGUGCCGGAAUUAACUCAAAAUUUAUUGAGUGUUGGCCAGCUCUUGCAGAAAAACUACAAGUUGGAGUUCAAUAAUGAUCAUUGUGUCAUUAUUGAUAAGCAGAAGAGACUCACGAUGGCAAGAAUUAAGAUGAGUCAGAAUAAAGUAUUUCCUCUAAACUUGCCAUUAGCCGAGAAAGUUGCACUUCAAAGCAUGACGGAUGGAGAUCAUAAGAUCUGA